CCACUCCUUCGCCUCAGCCCCUCACAUCCCCUCAGCCGCCUCCAUCCCCUCAGCCCAGCGCGUUUCCCACCCUCCCCAGGCACUCGGCCGUGCCGGUGGCGCAGUGCCGGCGGGAAGGACGGGCCGGCAGGAAGAGGCGGGCGGUGCUCAGUUCCCGGUUCGCGGUGCUCRGUUCCCGGUUCGCGGUGCUCGGUUCCCGGUUCKCGGUGCUCUGUUCCCGGUUCGCGGUGCUCGGCCGGGCCGGCGGCAGGUGAAUAUGGCUGCGGAAGAGAAUUGGAAAGGCCRGGCUUCGAAACAGCUCGAGAAGGCUGAAGGUGGCGGGGAGACKGAGCCGUGUGUGCUGCUGGGCCGGCAGCUGGCUGAACCGGCGAGAUUUGCAUACGCAGCACUUUGUGGGAUAUCCCUCGCCUGGCUCUUCCCUGAAAACGAGCAAAGCUCUUUCAGGACAGAAUUCAUGRAGGCCUUUGUGAAGUGGCUGGACCUGCCUGAUGCUGUCUUACCUGCCAUGACAGCCUUUGCUGGUGGCUUAGGAGGUGAGGGCACAGAAACUUUCACUGAGAUUUUGCUGAAGGAUCCCAUCUUGAAAGACAAUCCACUUCUCAUCACCCAGGACCUUCUAUCCUUCUCUCUUCGAGAUGGGUACUACGAUGCUCGAGCCAGGGUGUUGAUCUGCCGGAUCAGCUGGCUGCUGAGAAUCCCCUUGGCAGAGCUGGAAGUCCUAGAGGAAUCUCUGCUUGAGAAUCUGAAGGAACAGAAAGAGGAAGAGUCAGAAACUGCAGAAGUCUCAAGAAAAAAGAAGGAAAGAAGGAAAAAGCUGAAGAGAUACCUCCUGAUUGGCCUGGCAACUGUUGGGGGUGGAACAGUGAUUGGUCUGACAGGAGGCCUGGCUGCCCCUCUGGUUGCUGCGGGAGCUGCCACGAUCAUUGGGAGUGCUGGAGCAGCUGCUUUAGGAUCCACUGCAGGGAUUGCUGUCAUGGCAUCMCUUUUUGGAGCAGCAGGAGCUGGUCUUACUGGAUACAAGAUGAAGAAACGUGUGGGAGCCAUAGAAGAGUUUGAAUUCCUCCCACUUACUGAAGGGAAGCAGCUCCACAUCACCAUAGCAAUCACUGGCUGGCUGUGCACUGGCAAAUAUGGGAGUUUCACAGCCCCGUGGAGCAGCAUGCUGCACUCCAGUGAGCAGUACUGCCUGGCCUGGGAAUCCAAGUACUUGAUGGAGCUUGGCAAUGCCUUGGAUUCCCUGCUGAAYGGUUUUGUGAACAUGAUGGCUCAAGAAGCCCUAAAAUUCACCGUCUUGUCAGGGAUUGUGACAGCCUUGUCUUGGCCAGCGUCACUCCUGACCGUUGCCAGUGUCAUUGAUAACCCUUGGGGAGUGUGUCUGCAUCGCUCUGCUGAAGUAGGCAAGCACCUUGCACACAUCCUGCUCAGCCGACAGCAGGGCCACAGACCUGUCACACUGAUUGGCUUCAGCCUGGGUGCCAGAGUCAUUUACUUCUGCCUGCAGGAAAUGGCUCAAGAAAAAGACUCACAAGGAAUCAUUGAAGACGUUGUCUUACUGGGAGCUCCAGUGGAAGGAGAAGCCAAGCAUUGGAAAGCUCUCACCAGAGUGGUGUCAGGAAGGAUCAUAAACGGGUUCUGCAGGGGGGACUGGCUGCUGAGCUUUGUCUACAGAACUUCUUCUGUCCAGCUCAACGUCGCAGGCCUCCAGCCAGUCGACCUGGAUGACAGGAGGAUGGUGAACAUGGACCUUUCCUCUGUGGUAAACGGCCACCUGGACUACAUGAAGCAGAUGGACACGAUCCUGAAAGCCGUGGGCAUUAAAACCAAGGAAUGCCAGCCAGAAGAGAAGGGCAGUGGCAGCCUUUUCUCCCCUCUAGCCAAAAUAUCCCAGCGGGCAGGUGGCAGUGAGRCUYGGAGAGAGGAAAACACUGGCCGAGAAGAGGAUCAGGCUGGGGCUGAGGCUCUCCCAGCCGGCUGCUCUCACCAGCGGGGUUCCUGCAGUGAGGCUCGGGGAGAGGAAAACACCGGCAGAGACGAGGAUGAUGCCGGAGGUGAGGCUCUCCCAGCCGGCUGCUCUCACCAGCCGGAUUCCUGCAGCUCCUCCUCGGGAGAGCCCUCGCUGCCCUGCCYGGACUGCUCACACCGYAGGGACAGCAAGGAGCAGGCAGAGGGAAAGGAGUAAAWUAGGGCCGAGCUGCUCAGCCAGCACAAAAACCGCUGUCACAGCACAUCCGCGGCGCUGGGAUUCCAGAGGAUGGAGCUGGCUCCUCCGGGGAAAAGCGUGGCGUGGCGCUGGAUCAAAGCAGCCGCCCACGGCACCUCCCCCAGGGAGGAGAGGGCAGAUUCCUGCCCGAGUCUGAACUGCUGCUCAGGAAUCCGAGACAGAUCCYGUCCCAAUCCUCGCAGGAAGCAGCUGUCCCCCCUCGGCACCGUGCCCCUGCUGUGACUGGGGGAAGCAGGUGGCUCUGAGGGGAUUUUAAGCAUGUUGCUGAGGAGUUCAUUUGUAGGAAAUUAAAACAGUUUUUCCACUG